AUGAAUUUCAAGGAAGUUCCUUUCUUUCUUUCUUUCUUUCUUUCUUUCUUUCUUUCUUCUUCGUUUCUUUCUUUCUUUCUUCCUUGCUUUCAUUCUUUCUUCCUUCCUUCCUUCCUCCCUUUCUUUCUUUCUUUCUUUCUUUCUUUAUUUAUUUCCUUCCUGCCUUCUUUCCUUUCUUUCUUUCCUUCCUUCCUUUUUUCUUUCUUUUUUCUUUCAUUCCUUCUUUGCUUCUUUCAUUCUUUCUUUCUUCCAUUCUUUCUUCAUUCCUUCCAUUCUUUCUUCUUUCUUUCUUUUCUUUCUUUCUUUCUUUCUUUCUUUGUCCCUUCUUUCUUUCUUUCUUUCUUUCUUUUUUUUCAUUCCUUCCUUCCUUCCUUUCUCCCUUUCUUUCUUUCUUCCUCCCGUUCUUUUCUUUCUUUCUUUCUUUCUUUCUUUCUUCUUUUAUCUCUACUACAUUCUAUAUAUGAUUGA